AUGGGGGGAAAUGGGAGGACCUUUUUCUUCUCACAUCACAUCCUGACUCCAGAGGGAGGACCCCCUUCCUCCCGGCUCCAGAGGCAGGACCCCCUUCCUCCCGGCUCCAGAGGCAGGACCCCCUUCCUCCCGGCUCCAGAGGCAGGACCCCCUUCCUCCCGGCUCCAGAGGCAGGACCCCCUUUUCCACCCGGCUCCAGAGGCAGGACCCCCUUUUCCACCCGGCUCCAGAGGCAGGACCCCCUUUUCCACCCGGCUCCAGAGGCAGGACCCCUUUUUCCACCCGGCUCCAGAGGCAGGACCCCCUUUUCCACCCGGCUCCAGAGGCAGGACCCCCUUUUCCACCCGGCUCCAGAGGCAGGACCCCCUUUUCCACCCGGCUCCAGAGGCAGGACCCCCUUUUCCACCCGGCUCCAGAGGCAGGACCCCCUUUUCCACCCGGCUCCAGAGGCAGGACCCCCUUUUCCACCCGGCUCCAGAGGCAGGACCCCCUUUUCCACCCGGCUCCAGAGGCAGGACCCCCUUUUCCACCCGGCUCCAGAGGCAGGACCCCCUUUUCCACCCGGCUCCAGAGGCAGGACCCCCUUUUCCACCCGGCUCCAGAGGCAGGACCCCCUUUUCCACCCGGCUCCAGAGGCAGGACCCCCUUUUCCACCCGGCUCCAGAGGCAGGACCCCCUUUUCCACCCGGCUCCAGAGGCAGGACCCCCUUUUCCACCCGGCUCCAGAGGCAGGACCCCCUUUUCCACCCGGCUCCAGAGGCAGGACCCCCUUUUCCACCCGGCUCCAGAGGCAGGACCCCCUUUUCCACCCGGCUCCAGAGGCAGGACCCCCUUUUCCACCCGGCUCCAGAGGCAGGACCCCCUUUUCCACCCGGCUCCAGAGGCAGGACCCCCUUUUCCACCCGGCUCCAGAGGCAGGACCCCCUUUUCCCGGCUCCAGAGGCAGGACCCCCUUUUCCACCUGGCUCCAGAGGCAGGACCCCCUUUUCCCGGCUCCAGAGGCAGGACCCCCUUGCUCCCGGCUCACCCCACCCCUGGAGAGGGCAGGAAGUGCAGGCGCAGGAUCCCAGGGAGGACAGGCUGGAGGGGAGGGGGCUGUGCUGGGGAGGAGGAGGAGGGCCGGGGCGGUGA